UAGCUGACACAGAUCUGCGUUAUUAGUGGGCCCGGUCUGCACGUUGUGCUGUCUUUCAUCGGUGAUGGAAAAUAACCGCUGCUUUGCCAACCGUUUCUCCGACUACAAAGGUGCGCUGCUCCCGGGCCAGGGCGCCGAAGCCGCCGUCCCCGUCGUUGUAACCACCAUCGAUAAAAUCCUUAAAACUGUUCCAAUCGACCUCAACGACUGCGACGGAGGGUUGUAUGAUGGCCCGGCCGGUGUGGCUUACAUGCUUUAUCACGUCAGCGAGUGCCCGCUGUUCUCCGAGCACCGGGACGUCUACCUGAAGACCGCCAAGCAGAUCAUCGACAUGUCGGUCAGAUACGUGGAUGCGGAGCCGGAUAAAAAUAUGCGUGCCGCCUUCUUGCUCGGCGGGGCGGGCAUCUACGCGGUGGCCGCUAUGAUCUACAAGUCCCUGGGCUUGGCUGAUUUUGUGAAGCCGCUGACCAAAUUCCGUAACCUGUGGGAGGUGUGCUCGCCCAUCAAUUUUCUGGAGUGCGGCUCGGAUGAGCUGUUUGUGGGGCGGGCUGGGUACCUGUGCGCCGCCCUGGUCCUCAAACAGAAGCUGGGCAUAGAGAUUCUGAGCAAAGAUCAGAUCAAAUCUAUUUGCCAGGCCAUCAUCGAGUCAGGAAAACAGUAUGCCAGGAAGAAGAGAAAGCCUUUCCCCCUCAUGUACUCGUACUAUGGAACAGAGUACCUCGGUGCAGCCCACGGCCUCUCUUCAGUGCUGCAGAUGCUGCUGAGCUACCAGGACAUGCUCAGCGGGGCAGAGAAGGAUCUGGUGUGGCAGAGCGUCGAUUUCCUCAUGAACCAGGAGCAAAACUGUAACUGGCCUGCAGAGCUGGGAGCCAUCAUCGAAAGAGAGAACGAGCUGGUGCACUGGUGCCACGGAGCCCCGGGUGUGGCGUAUCUCUUUGCAAAAGCCUAUCUGAUCAAUAAAAAGCCUCAGUAUCUGGACACAUGCAUUAGAAGUGGAGAACUCGUAUGGCAAAAAGGUCUGCUGAAGAAAGGGCCUGGGAUUUGUCACGGAGUUGCGGGCAGCGCAUACGUCUUCCUCCUGCUUUAUCGGCUCACAGGCAAUUCCAAAUACCUCUACCGUGCUCAGAGGUUUGCAGAGUUCCUCUUUACUGAAGAGUUCAAAGCAGGCUCGCGCUCAGUGACCAGCGUCUACAGUCUGUUCGAAGGCCUGUCCGGGACUGUUUGUUUCCUGGUUGACCUCCUGCAGCCAGACCAGUCAGAGUUCCCUCUGUUUAGCAUCUUUGUGUGAAUGGACCCCAGGUACUGCUGUUCGCCAACCUGAACAGACAUCACCCCUUCCCAGUGAAAUCGCUACUAAACAACUUAUAGAAACUUUAGAGUCAGGAUUGAUACUGUGAUCAGGAUGGGAGUCGAGGACGGGUGGGUUUUAGAGGCCAGUUGCAGUAGAAAAGUGGUCUUGUUUUGUGUUUGAAUGUUGAGCUUUGAGGUUUUAUCCGAUGCAUAGCACUCACUAAAGCAUUGCCCAUUUCAGUUUGCAGUGUUGUCAACAGCUCUGGAGGUUUACAAACUGUGAGGUGCAGCAGAGUUCACGGAGAGCCUCAGAUAUGGCUAUUGGGAGUAAAUGUCAAUAAAUCUGCAGGGGGAUGGGGGGACGCUUAUUAUACUCCAGACCUCUCUGAGAAUCAUCAAGUUUGCUUCUGUAUCGUAAAACUAAUGCAGUGAUAGCUGUGAGUGCAUCCAUGGGUACCUUGCAAUGUUUUUAAUGGUCUAAACAAAUGUAGGCUAAAAGCAACUCACCUCAAGAUGUAGGCCCACAGCUUACUCACUGACUCCACUAACACAAAGCUGCACUUCCUGUUUACAUCACCCAAAGCGCCCAAAUUGUUUCUGUGUCGUCUGUUUUGCAUCCAAGUUGAAGUCUCACUUUCAGACUGCGAAACAGAACCCAGCACUAAACUGAGAUGAUUGAAACUGCAGCAUAUUCUUCCAAGAUGCUGCUCUCAGGUCAGAAAAACGCAAACUACUCCACAGAUAAAAGUAGAAGGCAAUCACGCCCCAGUCACACACACAAAACAAACAAACACAAAAAAAUACAGAAAAACGAGUGUCACAUAAAUGCCUUUAAAAUUUUUCUACCGCUUCACCAGCUCAGCGUCACAUAGCGCAAAUUUUUGAGUUUACGUGUUUAGGGUGCGUAAUCGCUUGAAUUAUGUCCAUUGAAAGUUGUCACCGAUUUAAAAUACAGCGCGUUAGAGGGAUUUUGAUAAUGAACCUUCUAAAUCAUCAAAACUGGGUGGAGAGGUGGAGAAGGGAUAGAACUGCUGUUUGUCGUCCAAUAAAGUAACACUUUGUUUCUGCUGUGCAGUAGCUCGCCCGGCGGAGCUGAGGUUACACAGUGUAGCAGUGUGACAGCCAUUUGUGUCUACUGAUGUUUCAAGCUAUGUUAGUUACUUUGUGGGGAACUUUCAAAGUGAUCAAUAUAUUGUGAUUUGUUUCAACUUUUACCCUACGUAAAAAAAAAAAAAUAAAAAAAAAUCUGUAGCUUUCUGAUGGAGACAAACAAGAAAAGAACAAAAUGUGUUUAUCAGUGUGAGAAAUUUCAUUUUUCUUCCAACUCAGUCUGUUCAGCAGGUGACUUUUGUGUGGUGGAUUUCUUUACCUAAUGUGAAAAUGAGGCCUUAAAAACAAAUUUCCAGCUUUCAGAUACGAUCACAUCUCUCAGAGUAAAAUAGGAGGCGAACACGGGAAACUGAAAAUGCUUUGGGAACUGUGUAUGAAUAUGUGGCUCGUGUUUAUUUAAAAAAAAAAAAGAAGGGGCCUGUGAAUAACAGCAAACCAAAGCAGUUUCCCAGUAUUAACUGUGCCGAGUGCAGAACAUUACAAGCUCUACAUGUGUGCUGUUUUCAUUACCAAUCCGAGCUGUUUAAAAUAACAUCUACGGAUU